AUGAAGAUGAUCCUGGUGCGCAGGUUCCGCGUGCUCAUCCUGAUGGUGUUCCUGGUGGCCUGCGCCUUGCACAUAGUGCUGGACCUGCUGCCCAAGCUGGAGCGGCGUGCCGCGAGGCCCCCCGGAGAGCCCGGCUGCUCGUGCUCCCAGCCCGCGGCCGAGGCAGCGGCGCCUGGUUGGGCCAAGGCGCGGGGCCGCCCCGGGGAACCUCCGGCCGCCGCCUCUGCAGCGGGCGAAGCAGGCUGGCCCAACAAACACACGCUACGCAUCCUGCAGGACUUUAGCUCCGACCCUUCCUCCAACCUCACGUCCCACUCGCUGGAGAAACUGCCGCCCGCAGCCGAGCCGGCCGAGCGUGCUUUGCGGGGUCAGGAUCCCGGCGCCCCGCGACCCCGCGACCCCGCGCACCGGCCGCUGCUCCGAGACCUCGGCUCCCGUCGGUCGGCACCGCCCCCUGGCCCGAGCAUAGAGGGCUCGCUCUUAGCCAGGCUGUUCGAACACCCGCUCUACCGGGUCUCCGCUCCACAGCUAACAGAGGACGAUGUCCUGUUUAACGUGAACAGCGACAUGAGGUUCAACCCCAAGGCAGCGGAGAACCCGGACUGGCCACAUGAAGGUGCUGAAGGUGAAGAAUUCCCACCCACUGGGGAGGCAGCAGUGGACUCCUAUCCCAACUGGCUCAAAUUCCACAUUGGCAUUAACCGAUAUGAGCUAUACUCUAGACACAACCCAGCAAUCGAAGCUCUGCUGCAUGACCUCAGCUCUCAGAAGAUAACCAGUGUUGCCAUGAAGUCUGGGGGCACGCAGCUCAAGCUCAUCAUGACGUUCCAGAAUUACGGGCAAGCGCUGUUCAAGCCCAUGAAGCAGACCAGGGAGCAGGAGACACCCCCCGACUUUUUUUAUUUCUCUGACUACGAGAGGCACAAUGCGGAGAUCGCGGCCUUCCACCUGGACAGGAUCCUGGACUUCCGCCGAGUUCCCCCCGUGGCUGGCAGGAUGGUCAACAUGACUAAGGAGAUCCGGGAUGUCACACGAGAUAAGAAGCUGUGGCGUACCUUCUUCAUCUCUCCAGCCAACAACAUCUGCUUCUACGGGGAGUGCUCCUACUACUGCUCCACGGAGCAUGCUCUGUGCGGGAAGCCAGAUCAAAUUGAAGGGUCACUGGCAGCCUUCCUUCCAGACCUGUCGCUGGCCAAGAGGAAGACAUGGCGGAACCCCUGGCGGCGCUCCUACCACAAGCGCAAGAAGGCAGAGUGGGAAGUGGACCCUGACUACUGCGAGGAAGUAAAGCAGACGCCGCCCUAUGACAGUGGCCACCGGGUCCUAGACAUCAUGGACAUGACCUUGUUCGAUUUCCUCAUGGGAAACAUGGACCGCCACCACUAUGAGACUUUUGAGAAGUUUGGAAAUGAAACGUUUAUUAUCCACUUAGACAACGGAAGAGGGUUUGGGAAGUACUCGCACGACGAGCUUUCCAUUCUGGUGCCUUUACAGCAGUGCUGCAGGAUCAGGAAGUCUACCUACCUGCGGCUGCAGCUCCUGGCCAAGGAGGAGUACAAGCUGAGCCUGCUGAUGGCCGAGUCUCUGCAGCGGGACAAGGUGGCGCCCAUCCUGUUCCGGCCACACCUGGAGGCCCUGGACCGGCGGCUCCGCAUCGUGCUGCAGGCCAUCCGGGACUGCAUUGAGAAGGACGGGCUCCGCAGCGUGGUGGAGGACGACCUGGACACUGAGCACAGAGCCGCCACCGAGAGGUAGUGCCCUCCCGGCAGCCCACUCUGCCCGCGAGGAAGGAGGAGGAGCCUCGCACGCGCCACGUCGUGAAUUCAGUGAAUUCAGAGUCAGGACGGGUUGUCCCCGCCUCGGUGAACCGCAGUUCCACGGUGGUGGCUCUACUAGGACACCCUCUGUUAGUUCCGGAGACCAGAAAAGGCUGGAAAGGAAACGCUUUAUGCUCACGGACGAGGCAGAGGCAUUUCAUCCUUUUUGUAAGAAAAGGAAGCCUUUAUUUACUAUUUUGUAUUUAUAUAUCUGUAUGUAAAUAGAGAGACACAUACACAGACCACAGACCACCCACCGAGUCAACGCGAGGACCGUGCUCCCCACUGCUUCCGUGGGGCCCCUCUCGGCCUGGUUCACCCGUUAAGUGCUCUCGUGCUCUGGACCUAAUUUAAAAUAAAAACUAUUUUUCCCCCUUCCUGGGGCCUCAGCAUUUACAGGACUGAGAGUCUCAUCUGAAGACAGGAGGACGCUCUCUGGGGACAUCCUGGCCUGUAUGUCGGCUUACAGACAAAGGCUUGAACAUGGCUCUUGGAAGGAUAUGAAUGACCAGAUAUUCUGUGUGUCCGUCGCCGGGCAGGGGUGCCGCACGUCCUCCGACUGCUCUGGACAUUGGUGUAAAUACAUCCUACAGGGUCUGCUGUGUGCACAGCAGGUCCACCUUUGCAGCAUUUUUGUGGAAUAGUUUGCAAUGUGGUAAAAGUGCAAUAAAGAUACGGCAAAUGUA